AUGGCGACCUUUGUGGAAGGCGAAGACGGAUACUUUUCGGUGGAAGAUAUUGUGGCAGUAAAACGUGUAUUUAGCAAGUUUUUUUUCCGUGUGAAGUGGCGGGGCUACGAGGACCCCAGCGAGGACACUUGGGAGCCCCUGGAGUCGUUUCAGAGAACCGGAAGUUUCGAAUUCCGCCGCAAAAUCGAAGCCCUCAAGAAGUGGUACUGGGACACUGGGCAGGCUGAGAAAGAGCUGCUGCAGAGGCGCGCUCUGAGGCGCCAAGCGCUGCAGCAGAAGCGCCAGAAGCUGCUCAAGCAAAAGCAGCGCCAGAAGCAGCGCCACGAGCAGCAGCAAAGCUCCGGCCCCCCCAAGAAGCAGCAACGGCAGCAGACACAGAGGCAGCCGCAGCAGCAGCAGAAUGGAGUUCUGCGCGGCAGUGGCGGUCGAGGGGCCCCCUCCCCCAGAGAAAUAACUGGAGAGUCCAAAGAGAAGAACCCAAAAAAACUGCAGCAAGUUGCUGCAGCAAAUCCACAGAAGAAAGUAAAAGGAAGCAACAGCAGCAGCAGCAGCAGCAGGGGCUGCAGCGGGUGCUGCAGCAGCAGCAGCGCAACCGCCAAAGCUGCUUUUGCUUUUGUGGAGGAUGUCGACUUGUCCCCUUCUUCUCUUUCUCCCGUGUCUGACUCGGACUCAAGUUACAGCGAAAGCGACGGAAGGCGGGAGCUGCAGCAGCAGCAGCAGCGGCGGCGACGUAGGACGCAGCAGCAGCAGCAGCAGCAGCAGCAGCGGCAGCAGCACGGGAGUGAUCGGGACAAAGAGCGCGGCCUGCACAGGGGCUCCCUAGGGGCCUUCGGGGCAAUAAGACAGGCAUUCCCCCUCCCCGAAUCUGCUGCUGCUGGGUUUUAUGUUUGCAGCUUGCUGAGGCAGCAGCAGCAAGAGCUGCAGCAGCUGCGGGCCCGCCAGGCUCAAACGGGAAGCGAAAUCGACAGUCUCCCUUUUGCGUCCCUUCUUUCGCAGAACUUGGAGGCGCACGGCAAACAGCAGCAGAGCAGCAAGGGGCGCAGGCGGCUCGGGAAGCAGCAGCAGCAGCAGCAGCAGCAGCAGCAGCAGCAAGGGGUGAGGAAGCAGCCGCAGCUGGGGCUGCAGCAUAUACCGAUAAACAAAAAAAGGAGGGCCAGGCCAAAGAGAUGCUGCCGCGCUUCGUCGCAGCUGAGGGUGCUGGAAGAUACAGUUUGUGCGGGAAGCAGCAGCAGCAGCAGGCGCAGCAGCAGCAGCAGCAGCAAGUGCAACAGCAGCGAAGACAACGACGGAGGCUUUGCUGACAGCCCGCUGCGCUGCUGGCUAGGGGAAGAUGAGGCCCCCGACUUCUUGCCUGCAGAAUUGGGCAGCAGCAAAAACUGCUAUUUGGAGUUCAGGGGCUGCUGGGACCCUGUGGCUCGGGCGAAGCAGCGCUGCAGAGUGCUGCAGCAGCGGCUGCAGCAGCAGCAGCAGCAGCAGCAGGGGCAGCAGCAGCAGCAGCAGCAGCAGGGGCAGCAGCAGCAGCAGAUGCUGCUGCUGCAGCGUGAAACCCUCGCAGGGAGCUGCUCGCAGACAACGCAGUCGGAAGAAAGACUUUUAAUGCAUCUUCGGAGAAAAGAAAUCCCAGAAAUAAAAAACAAAGAAGACACCCAAUCUGCUGCAUUAGUAGAAGUUGUGGGGUUAGGCAUAGGGGGAAGUGAGACAGAAGCAGAAGUCAAACACAUUUGCGUAGAAGGUUGUUACUGCAGGGCUGGCAAUGGAUAG